UAUGAUUAUGAAAACUAUUUAUGCUCCCUAUUACUGUCCGAGCCAGCUCGAACUGCAUCAUUUGUUAUUAGAGCUUUCAAUGUGGAAGUAUCACAGGUGAGAGAUUUAGUUUCAACAUCAGCAAUUGGUGAAAUGAGAAUGCAAUUUUGGAAAGAUACGAUCGAUAAGACGUUUUCAGGUCAUCCUCCUGAACAACCUGUUGCUAUAGAGUUGUCAAAGAUUCUAAAACAGAAGAAAUUAUCCAAGGCUUGGUUUCUUCGUUUAAUCAAUAGUCGAGAAACUCUUUUAAAUGAUAAGCCAUUUUUCUCUAUAAAGGACUUAGAAAACUACUGUGAUAAUUCUGCUGUGCCUGUGUAUUUAUUGAUUUUGCAGGCAUUUGGUGUCACAGAUAUUCACUGUGAUCAUGUAGCUUCUCACAUUGGUAAAUGCCAAGGUAUUUGUAAUGUUCUUCGAGGAAUACCAUUCAAUGCAUCUAGACGACGGCUUUACUUACCUUUGGAGUUAGCUAGCAAACAUAAAAUAUCGCAAGAUUCUCUAUUUCGAGGUGAAAGAGGACAAAAGUUGAAUGAUGCAGUUUACGAUUUAUCAUCAGUAGCAUACCAGCAUUUAAAUUUGGCCAGGAAGCUAAAUAAAGAUGUAUCAAAGCAUGUGAAGUCAAUGUUUCUACCUUCAGUUUCCUGUGAACUCUACUUGAAAAAUCUGCAAAAAUCAAAUUUUGACGUAUUUCAUUUAAGCAAUCAAACUAGAAAUAGUUGGCUGCCAUUUCAGUUAUGGAAACACAAAUUUCUUAACAAAUUUUAGUACGGCUUAAUUUAUUUUUCAUCAUUUUUUCUUUGUAAGUAGCAAUUUUGUAACGUUACAUA